UUGCAGAUAGAUUGUUCCAGAAUUAUAGACAAGGGUUCUCGUGAAGUCAUCUCUGUUCAUGUUGGUCAAGCUGGCGUUCAAAUUGGAAAUGCGUGCUGGGAGCUGUUUUGUUUGGAGCACGGGAUUCAACCUGACGGACGUAUGCCAUCAGAUAAACAAAACCAAAUUGAUGACUCGUUUUCUACUUUCUUUUCUGAAACAGGAACUGGUCGUCACGUACCACGAGCAGUCAUGGUUGAUCUGGAACCAACUGUAGUCGAUGAGAUCAGAACCGGGACAUAUAAACAACUUUUCCAUCCGGAACAAAUGGUUACUGGCAAGGAGGAUGCAGCGAAUAAUUAUGCUCGAGGGCAUUAUACCAUUGGAAAGGAAGUCAUCGACUUGGUGCUCGAUCGCAUUCGACGUUUGUCUGAAAAUUGUAGUGGCCUGCAAGGUUUCCUUAUAUUCCAUUCGUUUGGUGGAGGUACUGGUUCGGGCUUCACUUCAUUGUUGAUGGAAAGGCUGUCUGUCGAUUACGGCAAGAAAAGCAAGCUGGAGUUCUCCAUUUAUCCUGCACCGCAGGUGUCUACAGCCGUUGUCGAACCUUACAACUCUAUACUUACUACACAUACCACACUUGAGCACUCUGACUGUGCUUUUAUGGUUGACAACGAAGCUAUAUAUGACAUUUGUCGUCGCAAUUUAGAUGUGGAACGUCCAUCUUAUACAAACCUUAAUCGUCUUAUUUCGCAGGUUGUAUCGUCUAUAACUGCUUCUCUUCGGUUUGAUGGUGCAUUGAAUGUAGAUCUCACGGAAUUCCAGACGAAUUUGGUUCCUUAUCCACGCAUUCAUUUCCCUCUAGCCACAUAUUCGCCUGUAAUUUCUGCUGAGAAGGCGUACCACGAGUCACUUUCGGUUUCAGACAUCACAAAUGCAUGCUUCGAACCUGCCAAUCAGAUGGUUAAGUGUGACCCUCGACAUGGAAAAUAUAUGGCAGUAUGUCUAUUAUACCGUGGUGAUGUGGUACCGAAGGAUGUGAAUGCUUCUAUUGCAAGCAUCAAAACGAAGCGUACUAUCCAGUUUGUCGAUUGGUGUCCAACUGGAUUCAAAGUUGGUAUCAAUUACCAGCCACCAACAGUUGUUCCUGGAGGGGAUUUAGCUAAGGUGCCACGCGCUGUUUGCAUGCUUGCAAACACUACGGCAAUUGCUGAGGCUUGGGCUAGGCUUGAUAAUAAGUUUGAUUUAAUGUAUGCUAAGAGAGCAUUUGUUCAUUGGUACGUAGGAGAGGGCAUGGAGGAGGGAGAGUUUUCUGAAGCGCGCGAAGAUUUGGCGGCACUUGAGAAGGAUUAUGAAGAGGUUGCAGUUUCCAAAACUUUAUAG